AUGGUCUGCAAGAGGCUCCUCCACCAUGUCGCCUCCUUCCCCGUGAGUCUCUCACUGAUCCCCAUGAGUCUCUCAUUGCUCCCCGUGAGUCUCUCAUUGCUCCCCGUGAGUCUCUCAUUGCUCCCCUUCAGUCUCUCAUUGCUCCCCUUCAGUCUCUCAUUGCUCCCCGACUUGGAGCCCAUGACGCUGCCUAUCAACCCCCAAGACCCCUCGCUCACACGUCCCUCGGGAGCGCUCUCUUUGUUCCUCAGGCACGCGCCUCACACGCCCCUUAAUGUCCUUCUCAACAGCUCACAGGACCUGCACUGCCUCGGCCGUCUCUUGGGUCCCUCUGCACGCUCCCUCACAAACCUGUCCCUUGGGCUCAGGGAAGCUUUCGAGAGAGUUGAGCCUAUCAUGAGGGAGUUGCAGCAUCUGGGCGUUCUUGAGGAGUUUGUGCCUAUGAUCGAUCAGAAUCAGCCGAUGAAUCCGGCCGUUCUCGAGGAGUUUCAGCAGCUGCAUCAGCUGAAUUUAGACCGUGGGAUCUGGCAACUAGGCAAGCUGAAUCCAGCUAGUUUCGGGGCUUUAAGGAGUCUCAGCGUCCACGAUUUCGAGUGCGGCAAAAAAUCUCUGUCCUUUCUUUCGUCGGUCACACCGCAGCUGCAUGAACUCGCUCUCGCCGCCUCCAACAAAAGCUCUGGCUUUACCACCGUCACCCUCGAUUUCAAGCUCACCGCUGCUCGAUCUAUCACAGUCUGCUUUGACCAUCAAUCGCUCCACCUCCGCUUCGCCCUGCCUGCCUCGUUGAAGGCCUUCUCUGCCACUGCGUUGGUUCUCAACGUGGAUUGCACAUGCAACAGCCGGCUCUCUCUCGACUCGCUCUCUCUCAUUGGCUACUCGCAGCUUCUCGUUUCUUCGCUCCCAUUGGCUGCCGCCAAAUCCGUCUACUUGAACGGAGGAGCAAGCACCCAAGAAGACCAGUGGCGUGCUUUUCCCGGUUCCAAUCUCGAACCCCACCGCACCGUGACCAACCUGCUCAGUAGGAUAGCGCCAACCGUGGAGGAGCUUGUGUUGAGGUACGGCUGGCCUCUGGAGGGCGUGCGUGUGGAGUGGAGCCGCCUGCGUUGCGUUUUCGUUGGUAUAGAUCCACAUGAUGGCAGUGGGGGUGGCAGUGGUGGGCAUCUGGCGUGCUUCUACAGCUGUGGUGCUGUGGUGUCAUAA